AUGGACCCGAUUCUGGCCAAACCGGUUGGCGCCUGCUGCUUCAAAGGCUCCAUCCAUACGGGAGAGCCUAAAGGCAAAGUCGAGCAGAUCGCCGGAGUCGACACUUAUAUUGCCACGCCAGACGCGAACAGAUCCAACGGGCAUGUGCUGUUAUUCUUCCCCGAUGCCUUCGGCCUGCAUAUCAACAACUUCCUCACAAUGGAUUCGUUUGCGGCCGCUGGGUAUCUGACCUUGGGUGUGGAUUAUUUUGCCGGGGAUCCCGUCUGGAGGACUACUGCAAAUCCCCUGACCGAUCCGACGUUUGACUUUGAUGGCUGGAAGAAUAAGCAUAUGAAGUCUUCCGAUGACAUUGCGGCCAGGUGGGUCAAGGAGGUCGACGCAAUUUAUAACAAGGACGGGAAUGUGAAGUUUGUAUGCGCCGGCCACUGCUGGGGGGCGCGAUUCGUUUGUACCCAGCUUUCCAAGGCCGGAAUCUGCAAGGCCGGGGCCAUCGCCCAUCCCUCCUUCAUCAAUGAAAGCCACGUUUCGCAGAUCGACGCGCCAAUUCUGCUUUCCGUCGCGAACAUAGACGGUCUUUUCCCGGCCGAGCAGCGCAGCAGAGCCAUCGAGAUUCUGACGAAUGAGGAGAAGAAGUUCAACAUCCAGAUCUUCUCGGGCGUCGGGCAUGGAUUUGCAUCGCGGGCGUUUUUGGAGGAUCCGUACGAGAGAUGGGCCAAGGAGCAGAGUUUCAGGAGCUUCUUGGACUGGUUCGAGAUGUGGCUUUCAUGA